CGUCGAAGGCACAGCCAUUGGUGUCGCCUCUGCUGCACAAGCCGCCGCCACACGUCCGCGGCAAAUCGGUCGUGACCCGCUCAUCUUCGUCUGGACGUUUGUGUGGCUGGCCCUCACUCUCAAGUGGUACGCACCCACCGGCAGCUACGCUCUGUGGGCGUGGCUGGCCUUCCGCCUCUCAUACGGCGCCGUCACGGCCUAUCUCGGAUACACUGGUGUGUUCCGCCGCAACACCAAGUAUCUGCUGCCCACCUUUGUGGCGCUGGCUGGCGUGUUUGUCGACGUGGCUGGGGUGCUGCUGCCGGGCCGGCUGCAAGAUGAAGUUGCGGUGAGUGCGGCUGGGGGUGAGGGAGGGUAGAGGGGCCGAGUGGACAAUCCAGGCAAUGAGGGCUCAUCUCUCUGUGUGUGUGUGUGUGUGUGUGUGUGUGCUGCAGGCCAUGUUGAGCGCCAUCCCGCUGCCAUGGCUCUUGGCUGUGCAGUAUCCCCGUCUGCUGGCAUUCGUCACCUUCAUCAAGGUGUGCAAGAACACACACACACGAGAGCGAACGAACGAAGAUGCAUUCAUGUUGUCUGUCUGUCUGUGUGUUGGUAUGUUUGUGUCCCUGGUCUGGCUGUGCUGUGUGUCAGUGGUACAAUGGCACGUUCCCCACUGGCUGGGCCUGGGGGGUCGGCCUCGCCGACUUCAUCUACGCCGUGCCGAUGGCCGUGGUCCAUGUGCUGCUCACACAGGGCUACACUGUGUCCAACGACACGCUGCUGCUGGUGUCCAUUCCUGGCAUCCUCGUCGCUCCAUUUGCUGUGGUGGUGAGGCCGGGAAGGGCUCGCUGGGCGCGGCGCAUGGCAUCGACCUGUUGUUCGUUCUGCCUCUCGGUGUGUGUGUUGUCAGUUCAUGUACGUCUACCUGCCGUCCCCCUGGGGCAUCUGGUACACGGCUGGCAAGUCCCCCGACACACGAGAAGUGCUGUCGUGGCCCAUGGUGCUCAUGCCCUCCCACGCCAUCCCCUUCUUGGUCGAAAUUCAAGUGUUCACGCUCAUUAAGGCUCUAGUGGGCUUCUAUUAGAAGCGCUCAGCGAGAAGCGCUCAGCGAGUCGACGCCGUUGCGGCUGUUAAUACUUUCCUGUGCCUGCGUCUUUGAAGUGGCUGUGUGUUGGCUUGGGCUUUGUGAGCG